AUGACAACUUCAGCGGGAGGUGACACUGCUGUGCGAAAGAAACGCACAUUGCAAGAUCGUGAGAAAAGGAAAGACCUUCGAAAUACCAUAGGAAAUAUUCCUGUGAACUGGUACGACGAUGAAACUCACAUCGGCUAUGAUCAGCAAGGUGAAAAGAUAGCAAAGCCGAAAAAGAAGACGGAGAUUGAUGUUUUUCUUGAGAAGAUGGAAGACCCCGACUACUGUAGUACACUGCGCCGCCGGCGAAGUUCAGGCGGAAAGUGUUUGACCGCCAAUCCGGGACCGAUGUUGUGCUUACGGAUGAACAGGUUGGUUUCCAAGGUCGAGAAGCUGAAUAACCUCGCAUCUGGUAAAUACCCCGUGGUUGGGUAUAAUCCUUAUGAGCCGUUUUUGGACUUAUUUUCUUCGGAAAAGACCAUUCAUCCAAUCGAUAAUAGGCCGGAGCCGAAAUCGCGUUUCAUUCCAUCGAGGGACGAGAUGCGUAUUGUGAGCCGCAUGGUACAUGCCAUUAAAAUGGGUUGGGCUAAAGGCCCCAAGCCAAAGCCGGAGAAAAAGGUCUACGACCUUUGGGCUGCUGAGGAUUCGAUGGACCACAAGACAAAAUCCGAACUGGCUCGUAUGAGAAUGCAUAUGCCAGCACCUAAGAUGCCGCUUCCUAUCCAUGCUGAAUCGUAUAAUCCACCUGAAGAAUACCUGUUCGAUGAAGAAGAAAAACGAAAGUGGGAAGAGGCUGAAAUUGAAGAUCGGCGACUGCAAUUUAUGCCACAGAAGUACGAUGCAUUGAGAAAGGCGGGUAUUUUAGUUCCUCAGUACGACAAAUUUUUGACAGAACGCUUCGAGCGAUGUCUUGAUUUAUACCUCGCUCCUCGAAAGAUAAAAAUGAAGCUGCAAGUCGACCCAUCAGAGCUUCUCCCUGACUUGCCGAAUCCGAACGAUCUCAAACCAUUCCCAACAACCUUAGCCUUUUAUAUGCGCGCACACGUCGGCCAAGUGCGAUCAAUUAGUGUCGAACCAGAUCGCGGUGAGCUGUUAGUUUCUGGUGGAGAAGAUGGCACUGUUCGUCUGUGGAUGAUGGAUUCGGGUCGCUGUAUCAAGACCUACAAAGUAGGCGGUCCUGUGACUUCUGUGGCAUUCUGUCCUUUGGGUAGUAAAUCGUUAGUGGCUGUGGCCUAUGAAGGGCGUCAGAUUUCUAUAUUCAAUACUAAUUGUGGUGAUAAACUUAUAUGCUCCCAAACAGAGGAAUUUAUUCGUGAGGUCCCUAUAGAGGAGUCCGAUGGUAAAGUGAACUGGCGUCGUAUCAAGGACAGAAUCGUACUGGAGAUGCCAAAUGAGGUUCGGAAAGUCGUCUGGCAUGCCAAGGGAGACUACCUGGCUUCGGUUGCCGUGGAUGACAUUGCUACCUCAGUAUAUAUACAUCAGAUGAGCAGGGCUAGAUCUCAGGUUAGUGCUACAAUGAGUAGAUCUAUUCUUGAGUUCUUUCUAGAUUUUCAAUUCCUAAUUAAUUCCGCUCACAGCGCCUCUGUUCGGCUUAUAGCGCUCAGUGGACUUCGACGUCCUACAAGUACGGGAGGUGACACUGCUGUGCGAAAGAAACGCACAUUGCAAGAUCGUGAGAAAAGGAAAGUUAGAAAGAACUCAGAUUCAAAUGAGCUCAAGAAAGAAACGCGAGAUUUGAAGACUGUCCAGCGUACGAAGAAGCCCAACGAUGAAUAUGAUUAUGAUUCGUCUGAUGAGGAGGACCUUCGAAAUACCAUAGGAAAUAUUCCUGUGAACUGGUACGACGAUGAAACUCACAUCGGCUAUGAUCAGCAAGGUGAAAAGAUAGCAAAGCCGAAAAAGAAGACGGAGAUUGAUGUUUUUCUUGAGAAGAUGGAAGACCCCGACUACUGGCGGAAAGUGUUUGACCGCCAAUCCGGGACCGAUGUUGUGCUUACGGAUGAACAGGUUGAGAAGCUGAAUAACCUCGCAUCUGGUAAAUACCCCGUGGUUGGGUAUAAUCCUUAUGAGCCGUUUUUGGACUUAUUUUCUUCGGAAAAGACCAUUCAUCCAAUCGAUAAUAGGCCGGAGCCGAAAUCGCGUUUCAUUCCAUCGAGGGACGAGAUGCGUAUUGUGAGCCGCAUGGUACAUGCCAUUAAAAUGGGUUGGGCUAAAGGCCCCAAGCCAAAGCCGGAGAAAAAGGUCUACGACCUUUGGGCUGCUGAGGAUUCGAUGGACCACAAGACAAAAUCCGAACUGGCUCGUAUGAGAAUGCAUAUGCCAGCACCUAAGGACCUUCGAAAUACCAUAGGAAAUAUUCCUGUGAACUGGUACGACGAUGAAACUCACAUCGGCUAUGAUCAGCAAGGUGAAAAGAUAGCAAAGCCGAAAAAGAAGACGGAGAUUGAUGUUUUUCUUGAGAAGAUGGAAGACCCCGACUACUGGCCGGAGCCGAAAUCACGUUUCAUUCCAUCGAGGGACGAAAUGCGUAUUGUGAGCCGCAUGGUACAUGCCAUUAAAAUGGGUUGGGCUAAAGGCCCCAAGCCAAAGCCGGAGAAAAAGAUGCCGCUUCCUAUCCAUGCUGAAUCGUAUAAUCCACCUGAAGAAUACCUGUUCGAUGAAGAAGAAAAACGAAAGUGGGAAGAGGCUGAAAUUGAAGAUCGGCGACUGCAAUUUAUGCCACAGAAGUACGAUGCAUUGAGAAAGGCGGAACGCUUCGAGCGAUGUCUUGAUUUAUACCUCGCUCCUCGAAAGAUAAAAAUGAAGCUGCAAGUCGACCCAUCAGAGCUUCUCCCUGACUUGCCGAAUCCGAACGAUCUCAAACCAUUCCCAACAACCUUAGCCUUUUAUAUGCGCGCACACGUCGGCCAAGUGCGAUCAAUUAGUGUCGAACCAGAUCGCGGUGAGCUGUUAGUUUCUGGUGGAGAAGAUGGCACUGUUCGUCUGUGGAUGAUGGAUUCGGGUCGCUGUAUCAAGACCUACAAAGUAGGCGGUCCUGUGACUUCUGUGGCAUUCUGUCCUUUGGGUAGUAAAUCGUUAGUGGCUGUGGCCUAUGAAGGGCGUCAGAUUUCUAUAUUCAAUACUAAUUGUGGUGAUAAACUUAUAUGCUCCCAAACAGAGGAAUUUAUUCGUGAGGUCCCUAUAGAGGAGUCCGAUGGUAAAGUGAACUGGCGUCGUAUCAAGGACAGAAUCGUACUGGAGAUGCCAAAUGAGGUUCGGAAAGUCGUCUGGCAUGCCAAGGGAGACUACCUGGCUUCGGUUGCCGUGGAUGACAUUGCUACCUCAGUAUAUAUACAUCAGAUGAGCAGGGCUAGAUCUCAGUGUCCGUUCACGAAGAGGAAGGGCCAUGUGCAAAGCGUAGCUUUCCAUCCAUCUCUACCAAGGCUCUUCGUUGCUACGAAAAUUCAUGUUAGAGUUUACGACUUGGCUCGCUGUCAACUCGUCAAAAAAUGCAUAACUGGAAUUAAGCAUAUAGGCGCCAUGGUGCCAGACGUCCAAGGAGAGGUGAACGGUCUCUCCAUGCUGGAUGCUAUCUGGCACCCCACUCAGCCAUGGCUGAUCACUGCAGGAGCCGAUGGAACGAUAGCUUUGUUCAGUUACUGA